GGAAGAGAAGAGGUCUCUUUCCCGGCCAUCUUGUGGCAGCAUCUAGCAAGCUGUGCGCUUCAAGCCUCGUAGAAUCGGAGGAGAAUCCCGCUGAAGGGGCGCCAUCAUGCCCGGGCAUCUGCAAGAAGGUUUCGGCUGUGUCGUAACCAAUCGGUUCGACCAGCUAUUUGAUGAUGAAUCCGACCCGUUCGAGGUCUUAAAAGAGGCUGAGAACAAGAAGAAGGACGGAGCCGCUCCUGGUGCCGCCAAGACCGCUGCCCAAGCUGCUAAGCAGCCCAAAAAAGAGUCGCAGAAGGACAGGAAGAACCCACUUCUGGACAAGAAGGAAGAAACACAGCCUCAAGUCCCACUAAAGAAAGAGGGUAUCAGGAGAGUGGGCAGGAGGCCUGACCAACAGACCCCGCAGCAGGGACAGCCAGGCUCUCAGCAGCAGGGCGGCCCAGGCGAGGGUCGCCCCAGCGACAGGAGGCCUGACAGGAGGCCCCCUCGCGAACGGCGCUUCGAUAAACCCUCCGAUGAAAAGCCGGAGGGCGGCGAGUUUUCAGUGGAGAAGUCUGCCGGAGACCGGCCCAUGAGAGGCCGUGGUGGCGGCCGCGGGGGGCGUGGUGGCCGCGGGCGGGGCAUGGGCAGGGGCGAUGGGUUUGACUCUCGUGGAAAGCGCGAAUUUGACCGACACAGCGGAAGCGACCGAUCCAGCCUGAAACCUGAGGAAAAGCGUGGCGGCAGUGGGUCUCACAACUGGGGCACUGUCAAGGAUGAGCUGAGUGAGCUUGAUCAGUCCAACGUCACCGAGGAGACUGCUGAGGGAGAGGAGGCCCCCCCUGCGGACUCUGAGAACAAGGAGAAUGAGGUUGAGGAGGUCAAAGAGGAAGGACCCAAGGAGAUGACUCUGGAUGAAUGGAAGGCCAUGCAGGACAAAGAGCGAGCCAAGGUUGAAUUCAACAUUCGCAAGGCCAACGAGGGUACUGAUUGGAAAAAGGGAUAUGUCCUGCACAAGUCUAAGAGCGACGAAAGACCUGCUGGUACUUUGAUCGACACUCCUGAGAUUGAGCCAGAGCCAGUGGUCUACCAGAAGGUCCCUGCUGAUGAUCCAACCGGAGAGCACCACUUCCGGAAGCCGGCCAAUGACAUCACAUCCCAGUUGGAGAUCAACUUUGGAGAUCUAGGUCGUCCUGGGCGUGGCCGUGGCGGACCCCGUGGCGGAAGGGGAGGGCGUGGUGGCGGUGGUGCUGCUGGUGGUGGUGGCGGCGGCGGCGGUGGCAGCAGCGGUGGUGGCGCCAACAGGCCAACCCGCGGGGGCAGACCUGACAAGCCUAGUGGAGUGUCAGUCCCCAAUGUGGAUGACCCAGAGGCUUUCCCAGCCCUGGCCUAAAAGAAGCCACCAUCAGCCGAACCUUGAGCCCCUCCGGGCCCUCCUCUACGAGGCUUGCAUGCUUAUGGAUCCUUCAGCUUAAAAAAAGGAAGACUGUCAUCCAUACCAUUCACACCAGAGGACUGAAUAUUAUCUGUUAAAAAAAAAAAUUUAAAAAAAAGGACUUCUUGCUACUCUGAAGCAAAUUGGUAGAAGUUUUGUAUUUAGAAACAUGGUAGCAGGGAUGUUUUCAUACAGUAUUUUUUUCAGAGAUUAUGCAUUCUUCAUGAAUACCUUUUGUACUGCUGCUUGAAAAUAUGCAUUUGCAAAUAUAGGUGUGAAGAGUGUGUGUCAGUUAGCUCAGUCUCUGCUGCUUGCUUGCUUCCCUUUCAAUUGAUUUCAAUUUAAUUUUAAGGACUUUACAGUUGGCAAAUUUACCAAAAAGUGAGUUUAAAAUGUUACUGUAUUAUAUUAAGUGAGAGGCACAGGGCCUUUUUAAGUUCUGUGGUGGCCUAUAUAUUUUUUAAUGUUUUAAACUUAAGACCUGACACAAUCUGUUUUAUAGUAAUGAAGAUAUUUUUGAUGCAUUUCUGAAAGUGUCAGAAAAGGUGGACUUGCUGGUGGGUUGCCCUCCCCCCUUGUGGUUCCGCUGAGCUGUUGGAUCCAAGGUACUUUUUAAGUGGUCCCUGGAUCAUUUAUAUAGGAUUUGCUUUAAUAAAUAAGUCAAACAUUUUUGGGCCAUCCACAGGAUCCCGUCAGGUGACCUGACCACCCAAGCAUGUUUUGUUCCCUGAAGUUUUUCUCUGAAGUGUUGGGGGCUUGGUGUUUUGGGUGGGUUAGAGGGGGGUGUGGUGUGAGAUUUUUAAUCUUAGGAAAUCUACAUCUGCCUACAUCCAAUAUAUUUUGAAUAGCUCAGCACACAGAUCAGUCUCUUUCCCAUGCUAUAAAACAUGCCGUUUGCCAUUGUGGUGACGUUCUCCCAUUUUAGUUUUGCAGCAGCACUACGGCAUAAUUUUUCUGAAAGAAAUACGAUUGUUCUGUGUGGAACAAUCAGUUGCUACUAUAUGUGUGAAUUCUAACCCUGCUAAUAGUCCUCUGUGUCCCAUGUUUAAAAUGGCAAGCUUAAUUGGAUUGAAGUGUGAAAUUAUAGCAUCAGAGGAAUAACAAGGUUUAACAGUACCAUAAGCAAAUCAAAACCUUGUAUUUAGUGUUGGAAAGUCGCUGGCGAUGUACAGACACAAAUGGCACAUGCAGACUUUCUUUUGUAGAACUGUUGGGUCCAGACAAGUUUGGGUUUCUCGACUUAAAACCCCUUUCUGCAAACAUCCCUGUUGUAAUAAAUUGCUUUAAGGUGUUACUUGUGUUCUGCCAA